GACGUGGCAAUCGGCCUUGGAAGAGAAGUGACGUUGCAAUCCGAUGACGGGGCAAUCCGGUGACGUGGCAAUCGGAAGAUAACUGACCUGGCAACGUGGAGAAAACGUGUUGAGCGCUCUCUGAGGAGAUUGCAGGGCUCUUUUGUGGAUUAUGAUGCUAACGACGUCUCUGUAUGAUCCCGUAGAAGCACAAUACUCUGUGUGUUGAAGGACUGCUUUGCAAAGAUGCCAACAGAAUGUUUAAUCCAGAAGUUAUUGCUAGCAGGAAGAGAAGGGCGAGUGAUGCGGCGGCUUCCUCUAAUCCUCCGUUGUUGCAUCAGGGCAAGGGGGAGGAGGAGGAGCAUGCAGAGCACGAACGAGAGUUUUUGUCGGCUGCGCAGACCAUUCUUGAUCGUCCAGAAUUGCUUGAUGUAGCCUUUGUUUGCCAGGACGGCACAAAGGUGAGGGCAAACCGAACGAUAUUGGCGAGCGGGAGCGAGUUCUUUUCCAAACUGCUUUAUGGAGAUAUGAAGGAGAGUACGAUGGACACAAUACCUCUUCCUACGGCGAGGGCAGGCAGUCUCCAGCUUGUGAUCAACUACCUGCACGGCCGUCGGCUCAGGUGGGAGCCCGGCGUUCGUUGGGAUGAAAUGGUAGAGCUCUACUCCUUGGCAGCACAGUAUCAGGUCGAUAGCUUGUGCCAGAGGAUUGCACGCCGGGUGCCCAUGCUUGGUUCUGCACGUGAUUUUGGCGAUCUGCUAAACGCAGCAAUCCCUAGGCAAGCCGAGGAAGUGGUGAAAGAAGCAGUGAAAGUAAUGAACAAGGUGUUGGCCUUCGAUUCAACGUCAUUCAAGGGGUGGAGCAAGGAGAGCAUCAAGUGCUGCCUCGAGAAAGUGCGGUUCCAUCCAAAUGUAACCGAGACGAUGAUUGCCGAGGCUGUUCUCUCUGCUGCACCCAACAUCGGUAGCAGUACCGUUCGACGAGAGGAUUCUCUGGGUCCAUCUGUAGUGCGCGAUUCGACUCCCGAUGACUCCCAGAGGAGCCAGAACCCUGUUGUACUCGGGGCGCCAACGCCGCCAAGUUGUUCAGAAGGUACGGACGACCAUGACGCCCGCACAGAUGGAUCCCUGUCAAGAACGGAGUUGCGGGAAUUAUUCGAGAGGUACAUCAACCUUGCAUUCGUUGACCCACCAUUCGUGAAGACGAGGAUUGAGGCGCUGCAAAUUGUACGGCCAGAGGUGCUCUCGGCGGUUUACAAGGUGCAGUCCAUCUGCCUCUCAAGAGGAUUGUCAGCCAAAUCUCUAUUCACAAUACCAUCGCGCUCUCUGAGGCCCAGAGUGUCAUUUCCACCUGUGACAGAAGCAGAAAAUGCGAUCUGUAGUGCUUACAGUGACGUUUUGGUCCCCGUCUUUGUGGGCCCCGGAUCCGAAGUCAAGGUACACAAUUUCAGAGGAGUUUCCACAGCGUGUUGAGCGCUUACACGGAGAUAGUCUGAGAGACAUCAUGAUGCUGCUACCUCUGCACUGUGGCUUGCACAUAUGGAGAAUUCGCUUCAAAACUCCUGGCGAUCGAGCGGGUGCUGGCGUCAUUUCGUCAGCUGCAACAAACAGCUCAGGUCGUC